GGAGCCCAAACCCAAGCCUGGGCCUGUUUACAAUGGGUUUCCCGGACUUGGGAAUUCGCGCGUUCCGGGUCCAUAAACUCCCCCUCCUACUAUCUGGUCUGGCUCACCAACUGCCAACCACCACCACCGCCAUCCUCAACCCCCACCCACCGCCCAACCUCAACUCCACCAAAUCCUUCUCCUAAUCUCUCUCACACCCAACACAACACCACUCCAAUCAAUGGCGGCGACACCACCCUCCUCAACCCCAGCACCACCAUCACCGCCAACAUCACCAUCACCGCAGCCACAAGACCAAGACCAAGACCAAAACCACGAACCCUCCUCCUCCCCAUCACCAACACCAACACCCUCAAACCCAGAGUCCCCAAAACCACUCCAAUCCAUCUCUCCUCCAAAGAAAAUCCAGCCCUUGCCUUGGACCCACCCAGAGACAGUCAAUCUCAUCCAAGCCUACCAGGAAAAAUGGUACUCCCUCAAGCGCGGUCAGCUCAAGUCCAACCAAUGGGAAGAAGUCGCCAUCACCGUCGCAGCCCGCUGCGGCUACGACGAACCCUCCAAAUCCGCCAUCCAGUGCCGCCACAAGCUCGAGAAACUCCGCAAGCGAUUCCGCGCUGAGAAACAGAAACCCUACCCUCACGCUUGGGAGUACUUCGACCUCAUGGACUCCAUGGAACGAGGUCCUCUCCCUAUCUCCGCUCGCCCCAUGGCCAUGGUUCAAUUCCACAAAUCCAAUCCCAACGACGAAGAAGACGAUGACAAUGAUAACGAUGAGGAAGUGGUUAAUGAAACUAAUUGUAUCGAUACAAGCAAGAGAAAUAAGUCUAAGAGCAUUAAUCACCUUGUUAAUGCGCCUUCAAUUGAUUGGAAAUUGAGGAGUGGUAGUGAUAGGGUUUCGGUGAUUCGGAGGCCAUGUGAGAGGUUUGAGGAGGAAGAAGAAGAGGAGGAAGGAGAGGACGAGGAGGACGAGGAGGAUGUGGUGGUGGUGGGAGGAGGAGGGAGGGAAACGGUGGUGGAAUUGGCAGCGGAGAUAAAGGCAUUUGCGGAGAGGCUUGUUAAGAUGGAGAGUAAGAAGAUGGAGAUGAUGAGGGAAACCGAGAGGUACCGAAUGGAGAUGGAGAAUAAGAGAAUAGAGAUGAUACUCGAUUCCCAGCGCAAGAUUGUUGAUACCAUUGGUAGGGCUUUUGGCUCUCAUAAUAAGAAGUUAAAGAUGGCUCAAGAUUUUUGAAGAAGUUUAAAGACAAUAAAGGAACACAGAUGUUCAACAACAACACAAAGCCUUUGAUACUCCACACGCACCAUAUCAGCCACUGCUUGGCUUCUAACAGCAUCUGGGGGGUCCUCCAUCACAACUAGCUGGUCUUGUUGGUCCGCUUUCAUCUUGGUAAGGAUAUCUGCACUUUGGUUGCCCUCUCUCAUGAUAUGGCAGAUUGAACAUCUACACCUCUGAAUGAUGUGCCUUGAAUCUUCCACAAUGCUACGUAAAGGAAACCCUUUCGGGGAGCCUUCAGUCAAUAGUUCCUCUUCCACAAUGCUACUGUGGUUAGGCAUUAAUGUUUCAACUGUUGCUGCUUCUACUUAUUUCUGAUCUCACCAUACACUUACCUGGGACCUCACCUACGCAAGGAUUGUAUCAUCUUGUUAGCAGGGAUCCCUUCCUUGAAAAAUUGAAUAGCAGAAGUCUGUUAAGUUGAAUGUAAUUUUAACCCCCCCUUUUUUUUUUCUUUUUUUCCAGAUGCUAUGUAUCCAAUGUUUUAAAUUCCUUUAAAAUGCUUCUCCAACUUCGUGUUCCCACUAACAUUUCAGAAAGGUACUUUUUCUUGAGAGCCACAGACAAUGUGAUGUAGAUUCCUUACUUUCU